AUGACAAGACUACAAGCCAAACAAUUGAAUAUCAAAUCAACAACAAUAGCAGAUACACGUAAAGAUGACAAGGAAGAAAUUGAUUCUGAAGUAAACGAUCCCAUGAAGUUAUCGAAUUUGUUAAUCAAUUUUGAUAUGGAUAGAAUUAAGCAAGCACAAACAACUGAUGUAAUUAUACAAGAAAAAAUUGAGAAAAUGAAAAAUGGAAUGCAUAAAUCAGAUAUGACAGUAGUUGACGAUGUAUUUUAUAAAUUAGUAAUCAGAAAUGGUGCCAAAAAGAAGAUUAAGUUGCCAUGA